CAUGCUAAAAUUUCUACCAGGCUUUCAUACACCAUUCCUUCUUCCAUGGCGUUCCAAGGAGCCUCUUCCGCAUCCUUUUCUUCUUUCGGCCGUCGAUGGACUUACGACGUAUUUCUGAGCUUUAGAAGCGAAGAUACCCACGACAGUUUUACUGCUCGUCUAUACAACGCUUUGUGUGAAGAGGGAAUCUAUACCUUCAUGGAUGAGGAUGACAAACUUAGAGGAGGAGAGGAAAUUUCACCGGCAUUUCUCAAAGCCAUUAAAGAGUCAAGGACUUCAAUCGUUCUACUCUCUGAAAACUAUGCAUCAUCCACAUGGUGCUUGGGUGAGCUGAUGGAGAUCCUUGAGUGUAGGGAAACAAAGCAACAAAUUGUUAUUCCGGUGUUUUACAAAGUAGAUCCAUCGGACGUACGGCAUCACAGAAAGAGUUUUGGAGAAGCAUUGGCUAAACAUGAAGACAGGUUCAUGGAAGAUACUGUGCGGAGCUGGAAGGCAGCCCUGAAUAAAGUGGCCAAUUUGUCCGGGUGGCAUUUGGAGAACGGUGGUAAGAGUGAAUUUAAAUUUAUCAAUGAAAUUGUUCGAGUGGUUUCAAGAAUAGUAAGUUGCACAUACCUAAACGUUCCCAAAUAUUUAGUUGGAAUAGAGUCUCAUGUACAGGAUAUCAAUGGGCUUUUACAUAUUGGGAUGAAUGACGUACGCAUGGUAGGAAUUUUCGGAGUUGGUGGAAUUGGUAAGACAACUAUUGCCAAAGCUAUUUAUAACUCGAUUGCUUACAAAUUUAAAGAUAGUUGUUUUCUUGCGGAUGUUAGAGAAACUUCAAUGAAGGAGUGCGGUUUAGUCCAAUUGCAAGAGACACUACUUUCUCAAAUCCUAGGCAACUCAAGUUUGAAGGUUGGCAAUGUUGAUCGAGGAAUCAAUGUCAUAAAGGAAAGGCUUUGUUGUAAAAGGGUUCUUUUAAUUCUAGAUGAUGUGGAUCAGUUGGUCCAAUUACAAACAUUAUCUGGAGAACACAAUUGGUUUGGUUUAGGAAGUAGAAUUAUUAUAACAACAAGAGAUGAACACUUGUUAAUUAAGCAUAAAGUUGAUCUCAAAUACAAAAUGAAAGAAAUGAAUCACAGUGAAGCUCUUCAGCUCUUUAGUCUACAUGCUUUCCAAAGUGACAAACCUCCUGAUGAUUUUGUCGACCUUACAGAACAUGCACUACGUUAUGCUGGGGGCCUCCCACUAGCUUUAAAAGUGCUAGGUUCAGAUCUAUAUGGUAGAGAUAUACACCUUUGGACAAAUGCAUUGGAAAGGUACAAAAGAAUUCCUGAGGAAAAUAUUCUAGAAAAACUUAAACUAAGUUAUGAUGGAUUGGAGGAAAGUGAGAAGAAUACUUUCCUAGACAUUGCAUGUUUCUUCAAAGGGUAUAAUGCAAAAUAUGUCACUAAGAUACUAGACAGUUGUGGUUUCUUUCCAGAUAUUGGUAUUAUAGUACUUGUGGAGAAGUCUCUCAUAACUAUUGAUGAGGAUAAAUUGGUCAUGCAUGACUUAUUGCAAGAUAUGGGUAGAGAAAUUGUUCGACAAGAAUCACCCGAAGAACCAGGCAAACGCAGUCGGUUGUGGUUUCAUAAAGAUGUUCGUUAUGUACUAGAAAAAAAUAUGGGAACAAACAAAAUUGAAGGCAUAUUGAUAGAGUUGCCUGAAAGAGACUUGAUAUGCUUAAGUCCCGAAGCUUUCAUGAAGAUGAAAUUGCUCAGACUGUUUAUAAAUCGUAAUGCAUACUUUUCUAGAGGGCCUAGUUAUCUCUCUAAUGAGUUAAGAUUGCUUGAUUGGGCUGAAUGUCCUUUACAAUCUUUGCCAUCUAAUUUUCGCGGAAAGAAACUCGUCGUUUUUAAAAUACAUAAUAGCCCCUUUAAGGACCUGAAGCAUGAAUUCAAGAAUUUCCAAAACAUGAAGAUCAUGGCAUUCACCAAGUGUAAUUCCUUGACAAAAAUGCCUGAUAUUUCAACGAUCUCAAAUUUAGAGGAGUUUACUCUUUUUGAAUGUAACGGUUUAGUUGAGGUUCAUGACUCUCUUGGAUUCCUUGAUAAGCUUUCCUAUUUGUCAAUUCGUGCAUGCUCUAAUCUUAUCAAUUUGCCAAGAAGCCUCAAGUUAAGAUCUCUAGAAAUGCUUUACCUUGAAGGUUGCUCAAGCCUUCAGAAAUUUCCUGAAACUGUGAUUCAAAUGGAGUCCUUAAGAGACAUUACAUUAAACGACUCUGCUAUAAAAGAACUGCCUUCAUCCAUUGGGUUAUUGACAGGGCUUCGCCAAUUAUAUCUGAACGGUUGCAAAAACCUUAUGCAUCUCCCAAGCAGCAUUCUUCAAUUGCAACAUCUAGAGAUUCUCUCUCUUGCAAAUUGCACAGAAAAUGUUAAGCUUCCAACAAAGGUGAGGGAUGAAAUACAAUCCAUGCCCUCAAAUGUGUUCACACAGGAAUAUGAAAUAUCCUCAUUGCCUUCAACGGAUUCAAGCAUUUUAAAUGAUGGUUACUCCUCAAUAGGGCUUCCGGCACUGACAAAUUUGGAUCUUGAAAACUGUUGCAUAUCAAAAUCAAAUUUCCUUAUGACACUUAACUGCACUUCCACUUUAGAACAUUUAACUCUAUCAAGGAGUGAUAUCGUCAGUCUUCCUGCAUGCAUCAAAAGAUUUGUUGGAUUGACGUCCCUUCUGUUAGUGGAUUGCAAGCAACUUCAAGAAAUACUAGAACUUCCACCAAAUAUAGAAAAAAUAGAUGCUAGUGGAUGUGUUUCAUUGGAAAGUUUUCCGGAAGUAUCAAAAAAAUAUCAAUUCAAUACAAGCAAGUUACAAGCGUUAGAAUGGAUUGACUUGUCUAGAUGCUACAAAAUGCAUGUGAAUAUAGGGAAUCAAGUGGCAAAUCCUUCAUGGUAUGAGGGACAUGUUGAAGACUACGUUAGUGGCAUUAUUUUUCCGGGAAAUACGAUUCCAGACUGGUUCGGCUAUCGUAACGAGACUUCAAAUAGUAAGUCAUGUGAAAUAGACCUUAAUGGGCACCAGCAUUUGGAUGAGAUCAUAGGAAUUGUUUUUUGUGCUGUCAUGGGAACCACUGCGAUCUUCCCAGAAGACCCCAUUGCUUAUGUUGAUGUUAACAUCAUUGCUGGAGGUGUCCCAACUAGGAAUAUUGGAGGAAGAGUACUUAAUUUCAUGGGCUCAGAUCAUGUAUGGCUGCAGUACUCCGUUCUAGAAUCUUCUGAACUGGAGGGGGACAAUCUGCGAGUUAAGUUUUAUAGCCGUUAUGAUUCAGUGCUCUUUAAAAGUUGUGGAGUCCAUAUGAUACACAAGCAUGAAGAGCUACAUGAGGAUGUUAAUGGCCAUUUGGAUAUACCUAAUCAUGAAGAAAUUGAAAAUUCAGUAGAUUUUAUAGAUGGUGUUCAAGUUUGUAAGAGGCGUCAUGAUGAUGAAGAUCACAACUUGGAAUCCAAUGGGUACCCACAACAGAAGAGGCAUUCCUCAACCUUCAGUUGUUAUACCACAUGCCUGUAAGUACAUGUGUCAUCAAUUUUCUGCUUUCACAUGACAUAAUUA